GGGCAAUUUAACGAAUAUUUGUAUGGGGGGAUAAAUCAGACACGGUGUUCAGUUCGUUAUAGCGAGAAAUUCGUUAUAGGGAGGUUCGUUAUAGCCAGGAUUUACAGUAAAUGAAAAGCUCAGCAAGACACAAAAAUCACUUGUGUCUCCUUUUUAAUCGCAAUUGCACUGGUUCCUCGAAACCGAACCAUUUGACACGCUAUAAUGGCCCCCCAGAAACGCAAGACCGCAGGCACAGGCAGAAAUGACACGGAACAAACCAACAAACGUGGAAAGCUGGACCUGUCAAGUCCACAUCCCAAUGCGCAACAGUCUGAGGAUUUUGGCAUUGUCCUGCGAGAAUUCUAUCCGCCGGAAAUGAGCAACGAGCGCUGUUUGGCCUACAAGGACGGGGCCCUGGAACGACCGAUCGAGACACUACAGCGGGCCUACGAAGACACUUUCGACCAGCGUGAGGCCAUCAAGGCCGGCAAUGCAGUGGUGCACUGGUUCAAGUCUGACCUGCGACUACACGAUAAUCGUGCACUACAUUUGGCAUACCAGAGCGCGAAGGAAAAUAACAUCCCGUUAAUCGGGCUGUAUAUUCUGUCGCCGCAGGAUUUGACGGCUCACCUAUCGAGUCCGGCUCGGGUCGACCUAACUCUGCGCACUCUAAGCCAAUUAAAGCGCGAUCUGAGCGAGUUGGAUAUCCCCUUGUAUAUGGAGACGCAGGAGUCUCGCAAGAAGAUCCCUCAGCGGAUUGUGGAUUUGUGUCAGCAAUGGGGAGCGAACAAACUCUACGCGAAUCUGGAAUAUGAGGUUGACGAGUUGCGACGCGAGGCUAAGCUGAUCAGAUUGUGCGCAAGCAAUGGAAUCAAGUUUGAGGCCGUCCAUGAUACUUGCGUUGUGCCCCCCGGACAAGUGGCCAGUCAACAAGGUAAACAGUACGCCGUGUAUACUCCCUGGUACCGCGCAUGGGUCGGUUACCUGAACGACAAUCGCGAUUGCUUGGAACCGUCAGAGGAGCCAGGUUCCAAUCCAGGUGAUGCGCGGAGACGCUUCAAGGAGUUAUUUGCUAGCGAGGUUCCUGCUGCACCACAGAACAAGCAAUUGUCGGAGGAGGAAAAGAAACAUCUUAGUCAACUGUAUCCAGCGGGCGAGCACGAGGCGCUACGUCGAUUAGAGGUAUUCCUGGAGGAGAAGGUGAGAGAUUAUGCAGAUGCACGAAAUACUGUAUGCGGGCAAACGACCUCAAUCCUAAGUCCCUACUUUGCAUCGGGCGCACUGAGUGCAAGGACGGCAGUCGAACAGGCCCGCAAGGCCAACAAGGGUUCUCUGCAACAUGGUGACCCCGGCCUUGUUCAAUGGAUUAGUGAGGUGGCCUGGCGCGACUUUUACAAACACGUCCUGGUGCAUUGGCCAUUUAUCUGCAUGAACAAAUGCUUCAAGCCUGAGUUCACCAAUCUGGAAUGGGAGUACGAUGAGGACAAGUUCAACCUCUGGUGCGAAGGGAAAACCGGCUUUCCCAUCGUGGACGCCGCCAUGCGUCAGCUCAAGCAAGAUAAAUGGAUGCACAACCGGACGCGCAUGGUCGUCGCCUCUUUUCUCUCCAAAGAUCUACUUAUUGACUGGCGCCGCGGCGAGCGGUAUUUCAUGGAGAAUCUCAUCGACGGGGACUUUGCGUCCAACCACGGCGGCUGGGGAUUUGGAUCGAGCACAGGCGUGGAUCCUCAGCCAUACUUCCGAAUCUUCAAUCCGCUCCGUCAGAGUGAACGAUUCGAUCCGGAUGGCGAGUAUAUCCGAAAAUGGGUGCCAGAGCUGCGUGAUAUCCAAGGGCCGGAGAUACAUGAACCCUACGCACGAGGAGCGGAGGCAAUUGCGCAGAAGAAUGGCUAUCCACGCCCAAUGGUUGAUCAUUCAACAAGCAGGGACCGAGCGUUAAAGCGCUACAAACGGGCGAGUGAGAAUGGGCCUUGAUCAGCGGUCACUUGUAAGUAUGGUCAUGAAACAGAUUAAACGUGACGCAAGUUCGAUGGGAACUGGCAGUGUACAGUAUGUAUAGCCAUGACGCAAAGCCAGGCAAAACAAGCAAGCACAGCACAGGACUAUUCUGAAUACAUUAUGUAUAGUAACGCUUUUCUUUCUCGUUUCCCCAUGAGAGCGAUUCAAAAAGAAAACUAGGCACGGGAUACACUUACUACUUCAAGUUCCAUAUGACAGGCGGAGAAAAAUACACUUUAAGUGGAAGAUCAAUAAUUUGAAUAGAGUAAUCGAGGAUUCAUCAAGCCUGUCGUAAUUGGAAAUUGUCUCAUUUUAUAUAUCCUCUCUGAGAACUCGACGAUCGGGUAUUUCUUUUUCGUGACCCUGAAGAAGUCCUUCCUUACUUACUCUUAGUACUGUACAUAUAAUGCCUUUCGGCUCUUUUUCUCCGCUGUGGAGUUGGAAUAUUAACUAGUUACCCUUUCUUGUAG